UGGUCGUGGAUCCCUUCCCCUUCGCGCACGCGCGCAGCAGCGGAGGUCAAAACGACGGUGCUGGGGCUUUUGAAGGAACUCAUCAAGCGAGGGGAUGCGGAGCCUUCAGCGCGAUCCAUCCUCGAAAGUUGUGAAGAUGUCUGCCGCGCCUACCGUCUCUCGCUCUCGUCUAUGCUCCAAGAUCGCUGCAUCGAAGGACACUCAGCCCUGUAUUGGGCGGUCAUCAAGCGUUCGAGGGGCCUCGAGCUACGCACGAACUCGCAGACAGACGUCCUUGGGGCCUUCCUGACAUUUGGCGCGCCAAUUUCUCCCCCUACCCUCUCAGAGAUCCGUCUCGCUUGCCUGCAGAAGGCCGACCAGACACUCUUCCAGCAAUUGAGGCACUCAUCGUCGUUCGCUCCGCUAAGCGGGAAGGACGACAUGCUGCUCAGCUCGUCGUCCGCGCGCGACGAGGUUUACGUGGAGGACAUCGCGUCCGAAGACGCGUUCGCCGUGCGGUUCCGCAUACCGAUGUUCCAGCAGCGCCUCCGCGUCUCGAAGUGCAUCAACCUGGAGUUCAUUGCGCGAGGCAGGCUAUGGGCCUUCAACUUCCUCAUCGCCUCCGCGGACAACUACAAGCUCCGCCCCAUCGCAGAGCCCGGCACGUGGGUUGUCACACUCUCGCUGCUCGAGCACAGCGCGCCCACCCCAGUCGACUCGCGCCUCGUCAUCCAGGACGUGUCUGCACACCCCUCCUCCGAGACGCCCUCCUCGAGCCAGCCGGGACAGUCGCCUCUGCGCAGCGCGCGGCUUCCGGAGCGCAGGCCACCGAUUGAGCUGCGGCUAAAGACGGGCUCAGAGGACCUGGCGCCCGACAGCUACGAGAACUUCGUGGCUGCGUCGUUCAAGAAGAACCCCCUCGCGGACCGCCUGCAAUACGACGGGAGCCCAUACGUCGCUAGCGACGGCUCGCUGGACGCCACGCUGGAAGCGCGACUAGGCAACAAUCCGGAUUCAGAGUGUGUCAUCUGCUAG